AUGGUGUAUGGCCUUAACUCAGCAGCUGGAAAGUAUUUCUGCAUAUGGUGCUCCUGUACAAAGGCAAAAAUCUGUCAUUUUUCAGGUAAGUUGUAAGGCCAAACAUACUGACUUUCUUAUCGACAACAUCUACGUUCGUUUUGGAAGCUCUGUUUUCCGGCAGGUUAUUGGUAUACCAAUGGGCACCAACAGUGCACCUUUAUUGGCUAAUCUCUUCCUUCAUACCUUCGAGUACGAUUUCAUGGUCAAAACAAUGAAACAGGAUAUUACAAAAGCCAUCCAAUUCAGCAACACCUUUCGGUACAUCGACAAUUUAUUCAGUGCUAACAAUGUGGACUUUGGAAAUUACAUCAGCGCAAUUUACCUGUCGGAAUUGGAACUUAAGGACACUUCCACAUCGUCUACUGAAGUGUGUUAUCUCGACACUAAUAUCAAGACGAAAUCCUGGAAGCAGAAAUUGACAAGAUUGGUGUUCCUUUCAAAUUUUAUGAAGUUCAGUGUGAUGAUGGACCAUCACAAACCCAAAGGACAAGACUAGAUGGUAAUUAUUAUUAUUAAGUUCAUAAUAUAAAAAGUAAAGUACCAAAUGCACAUAUCUUAAGGGUGUUGUUUUCAUUUUAGGAAAGGAUCUUCGAAAUAUACUAGACUUAAGGCCCAUCUCUGAAGGAAUUCCAGCUGAACGAAUGCUGACCUACAAAAAUGUUAAGAAGUUAUGGAAGGGACUGACUGAACACUCUUCUUUUAGCCAUUUCUAUUUUUAUAAUACAGCUGUAAAGCAUAUCUGAUUAUCAGGACUAAUUGUAGUCUUUUCCAGUAGGUAUUUAGUGAACUUGUUAAAGCCUUGGAGGCACAACCUGAACAUGAGGACUAUAAGACACCAGAACAAUUCAAAGACUAAGCUAGAAAAAUUAAUGGGCAAGGUUCUUUACAGUUGCUCACUUUGAAAUAUACCUCUUACACAUUUUCUUUGUUAAAGUUGACAUUUAUGUUAUCACUUUCUCAGUACACUAACUUUAACAGUUGCCACCCACCAGGCGUUAAAAAAGGUUUUGUCAAAGGAGAGGCUCUGAGACUUCUAAGAACUAACUCUUCUAAAGUCAUAUUUGACAAGAAUAUUAAAAACUUUAAAACACGCCUUAUCUCGAGAGGCUACCCAGAGAGUAUGGUAGAAAAGAUCCUCUCAGAAGUUAAAUAUGCAGAUAGAGCGACAGCUCUGACACAAAAACAGAAAGCGCAAAAAAUACUUUUACCCUUUGUCACGCAAUUUCAACCGUCAUUACCAGGUUUGAAAAACAUACUAAUGGAAAAAUGGCAUUUAAUAGAAAACCAGCCACUACUCAGAGAGAUAUUCAAGGAACCUCCCUUGAUCUCUUAUAGAAAAGGAAAGUCGCUUAAAGACAUGCUUGUUAAAGCAAAACUGUAAAGGCUUAUAACAACACAACGGUCACACAGCAGGAGCCGCGCAGGUCUGUCAACCCCAUUUUACCAUGCUUGAUAUUUUUAGACAUGACCCCGUCCUGCGACGUGCCAGACAAUCAGAAUUUGAACAUGUACAAUGAUACAAAAGAAGUAAAUGUACCCAGUACAUACGAAUAUUCAGAUCUUCAUCUUUGGAAAUGUUGAAUAGUAAUAUUUACUUAUAAAGUCUAUGUACUUUUCAGAGAGGACAAUAACCUACAUUGUUCAAAUACUGACGAGAAAGCCUUCUAUAGAAACACAACUGUAUGUCGGAUCGAAAUUGCAAAAGACUCACGUCAUUGGCCAGAAUCUAUGGACCAAUAGAAAAACAGGCGCGCAUUUUCGAUCCGUUAAGCGUUAUAUAAACGGCUGUAACCUCUUUACGUUACCACUAUCCAUGAGAUAUACCUCUAGCAACUGACGAGAUUCCCUAGUAGAAUCGAAACUGCAGUCUUGCUUCAGCUUUUACAUCUACAUAUGGAAUAUUCAAUUCUCACCAAAGACGGUCAACUUAGACCACCUCAGCCAGAAGAAACAGAUGAGUCUCCAAUGGACGCUGAAGAGGAAAAUCUACUCCUUGACGAGACAGAAGGUGAAGGAAACGAAAGCGCCAUUACUGACGACUCUGAAACUAUACCUGACUCUCAACCUACCCGCCAGAAGACAACAAGAGUUCCUAGAGAACAGUACCAUAACGAUAGAAAACGAAAACGGGACCAAUCUAACGAUCAGACCCAUAACGGCAAAACACCACGCAGAGCCGCCGAAGCCGCCUCCUUAGAGACAAAGAUUGAAAAAUCAGAGACAGCCAUCACGAAACUGAGAAAACACAUGAAGGACAGAACAUGUCCAAAGACACUAAGAUACAACGUGCGUGCAAAUAUCACGCCAGACGAAGAAUUUAAACGAGAAAUAGGCUCGAUUAGAAAAACUGCCGAACAAGAGUUCAUUCACUCGUUAGCGAAGUUUCACCAAAGACGCAUUGAUCGUCUUCAGAACAAACGAAAAAAGGUUGAGAAGGAUAAGCCUCACUUCAGGAAAGCGACCAAUGUUGUUCAAACUAGAGAGCAUAAGACGCCAUCGGCGACUAGAGAAAACAAUGUAAUGAAAAGCACUGAUGUAAUUAAGUUAGCAUCAGACCUCCAAGCUAAGUUCGACAAGUUCUCACAAAUGAUGUCAAAGUUUACUGAUAUUGAGAAUAAACAAAGUGAAUCGUAUCCCAGUGUUCUCUCUGUUUCUAACAAGGGAAAAGAGAAGGGGAUAAAUAGUAAAACACUCACUGAAAGAAAUCACAGGAGAAGAAAGCGGAAAAAUGUCAAACACAUUAAGCUAUAUAACGAAGCCAUAGAGACACGCAAAAAACACAUUAAGAACCUCUCAGACACAGAACUAACAACAGAGCAGAUCAAUUUACUCUCUCGGGGUUUGAAAUUCAUUCCAACUCCUGUCAUGAAAGAAAACCAGAUAAGGAGCCAACUAAUUUCAGACUUUAACCAAUUUGCCAGAAGGAUGCGCCUCAAAUACAUUUAUCAUGGCAAAGAUACUGUACCACACCCCUUCCAUGUGAAGUCUAGUUGGAUUCCCCCAGUUCAACGGUCAGUUGCUCUAGAAUCCUAUUUAGAGGAAGUCAAACUACGGCUAACAGAAGUGCCACUAAAUAAACCUAAAAACAAUCUGCCGCCUGGGGAGCGCCGAGCGCUCCGUGAACUUAUUCAAAACAAAGAAAUAAUCCUUAAGAAAGCAGAUAAAGGCACAACAACCGUCAUAAUGAAAAGAGAGAACAAAAUAAAUGAGGGACAAAAACAGUUGGAUGAUAGAAACAACUAUCAACCUUUGGAAAAACCAAUGGUUAAGGACACAUCCCAGAGAGUUAAACACCUCAUUAACACUCUACAUAACGAAGGUUUCAUUGACGAAAUGACAGUAAAAUGGUUUAACCAGACACCAGAUCCGCCACGAAUUCCAGUAUUCUACACUCUCACAAAAAUACACAAACCGACUUUAGUUGGAAGACCUAUCAUUUCGGGGUGCGAUGGCCCCACAGAACGCCUCUCAUCAUUUGUAGACAAGCUACUUCAGCCAAUAGCACAAAUACAAGACUCGUAUCUUAAAGAUACGACACAUUUUAUAAGAUUUAUCGAAAACACUAGGGUGCCUAGUAACGCUUUCUUAGUCUCAAUGGAUGUCACCAGCCUUUACACGAAUAUCCCACAGGAGGAAGGAAUUACUAUAGUAUGCAACGCAUACGAAAAAUUUCAUGACAAAAACCCUCCUAUAGCUACACACCUGCUUAAAGAAAUGCUCAGUCUUAUCCUUAAAGAGAACUCUUUCCAUUUCAAUGGGAAAGACUAUCUCCAGACUCACGGAACUGCUAUGGGCACGAAAAUGGCAGUAGCUUUUGCCAACAUUUUUAUGGCAACAAUAGAAAAGGAGAUCUUAAAACAAAGCAGAAGGAAACCACUAACGUGGAAAAGGUUUAUUGACGACAUAUUCUCUUUGUGGGACACAAACAAAGAAGAUAUAGAUCUUUUCAUUGAGCAAGCCAAUUCUUUUCAUCCUACAAUCAAGUUCACUGCUGAAAUAUCACAAAUUGAAACCACAUUCUUGGACACGACAGUCUAUAAGGGAGAGAGAUUUGAGAAAGAAAGAAUUCUCGACGUGCGCACACAUUUUAAAUCUACUGAAACGUUUCAGUACACUAACUUUAACAGUUGCCACCCACCAGGCGUUAAAAAAGGUUUUGUCAAAGGAGAGGCUCUUAGACUUCUAAGAACUAACUCUUCUAAAGUCAUAUUUGACAAGAAUAUUAAAAACUUUAAAACACGCCUUAUCUCGAGAGGCUACCCAGAGAGUAUGGUAGAAAAGAUCCUCUCAGAAGUUAAAUAUGCAGAUAGAGCGACAGCUCUGACACAAAAACAGAAAGCGCAAAAAAUACUUUUACCCUUUGUCACGCAAUUUCAACCGUCAUUACCAGGUUUGAAAAACAUACUAAUGGAAAAAUGGCAUUUAAUAGAAAACCAGCCACUACUCAGAGAGAUAUUCAAGGAACCUCCCUUGAUCUCUUAUAGAAAAGGAAAGUCGCUUAAAGACAUGCUUGUUAAAGCAAAACUGUAAAGGCUUAUAACAACACAACGGUCACACAGCAGGAGCCGCGCAGGUCUGUCAACCCCAUUUUACCAGAUUUUUAUUGAUUUCAUUUUAGGAUGAAUUAGCGCCCACCUCGAAUAAGCGCCCAUCCCAAAGGCAGAAAAAGUUAAUAAGCGCCCACCCCCUCCUCCUCCCAAUCAAACUCAAAUAAGUGCUCACCCUCAUUCCAGCCACUUGAAUGAAUAAAUUCUAAUAAGAGACUUCCCCGAGAACGGAGUUUUCUUCAGAGUAUUUUACAGAAACCUUGCUUUGUUACUUCUUCGCAUUUUGUUGUUAACAUUUAUUGUUUUGUUGCAAAAUAAACAUACUUCACUUGCUGAAAAUGGUGAAAAUUUAAUAAGCGCCCAGCCUCGAAUAAGCGCCCACUUUUAAGGUCCAAAAAUUUAAUAAGCGCCCAGGGCGGUUAAUCGAAUAAAUAUGGUACAUGGUAAGUUUUGUCUUAUUGCUCUUAUUACGUAUUAUUUUGCUAAUUAAGCAAGCAAUAGUAAUAGUAACUCAAAUUCAGUGACUUAAACAAGAAAAAAUAAUUUUAGUGGACAUCUUAAAAUGAUACAGUUAUUGAUGCCAUGGUGGACAUUUUAUUUCACAGCACUAGUUUACCAUGUUCCUCAGCUCCUGGAAAAAAGUGGAAGCAUUUCCCUCUUCAACUGCCAACCAGUGGAGAAAAAAAACCAUGAGCAGUUAAGGAUGUUUCACCGUGCAACACAGAACAGAGGUCGCAACUCAAGUUACACUACACAAGUCAUGGAAAAAGAGAACUGUAAGAUCUAUGCAAGAGUAAAUAGGCUCUGUAGAACAAAAAGAAGCUAUCAGAAAAAAGAACCGGAUUUAGAUCACUCACCAGGAAGCCUUAACAUGUACAGCCACCAAAAUCAAGAGGAAGGAUAG